AUGGCUUGGCUGAUUGUGUACCCGGCGGUGGCCAUGCUGGCCAUGUUUAUCGUCCUGGUCAUCAUGGUGAUCCUGCGCUUCGGUGCCCAGCUGUGCCAGCUGCGCCACCAUGCCUUACCGGACGAGCAGGACCUUCAGGAUCAAGCGUACGAUCAAAAGGUCAGCUACGCUUGA